AUGGCGGCAAACGGGGAAUUCACAGCGAUCUUACAAGAAUUACCAAUUGUCGCAUGUGUAGAGGAGGAAAUUAUAUUACUAGGGAAGCUCCGGGAAAGUUUGCGACCAGCAGAAUCCACCGCAAAUCGUUUUACCGAGGAUGAAUGUGAAGCGCAGUGGCUAAGCCGAGGACUCGACCUCCAGGACGACCCGUUUCCAGGCAAACAACCUGAAUCAUUAUGUGAAAGCCAGGACGAACUUAACACGUUCACGUUUUAUCUUUUCGAGAGAAGGUUUGGCUGGUCGGAAUACUUGACAAUGGAGGAUUUAGGGGAAAACCUGGAGAACUUGGAGGGGAGAAGUAGUUCGGCUUCUUCUGUGAAGGUCCCGGACGAUACUCGGUGCAAGGGACAGUUGAACGAUUUGCUGGACGAAUUUCUCAAAUGGUAUCUGGCUCAGAAUUUAUCACUCAAGUUGCUAGAGAGCUUUCAACAUUCCAUCUCACAAGCGAGCAGUAUGCCUGUAGUGCGUAAUCAGACUUUUGUGCAUGUGAUGGACUGGUUGAAGCAGACAUGUGACCAAGGCUUCUCUCCUACUGUCUUCCCCAUUGUCAAGAGUCUGAUAGUGUCUGGAAUUACAGAUGUCUGGUCUGCAAUUCGCAACACCUGCAUUGCGCGACUUCCGCAAAGUUUAGAUCAUUUUAGCCUACAGCAGGCUCAAGAAUUCUACACUGAUCUGAUCCGGAUUUGCCAGGCAAAGGAAAGCUCUUGGCAAGCCACAGAAGGAGCAGUCAUGGGGAUGACCACCCUCGUACGCCGGUUCUGCUGGACUGGCCAGCCCGCGAAUAGCGACAGUGAUAGCUCCGAGUAUAUGCUCAAGUUUGGCGAGUGUAAGCAGAGCACCCUUCCAUCCUUCAUCGUGGACUCUGUUCAUUCUGUGCUGUACUCUUUACUGGCGCACCCCCAGUUAAGCAUUAGGGACCAUGCAACAAAGGCUUUCUCCUCCAUCUUCUCACGCUGUGAAUUCCAGGAGGCAUUUGCAGCCUUUGAAGAAGUAGUCAAGCGUCUAUGCCGAGGCACACAAUCACCUGAGAGCACCUUUAAAGGAUGGCAUCUUCCUCACCUAGCAGUCCUGCGACCAGACUUCAAGUUCCUUCAGGCAUGUGAAGCAGAGGGACUGCUUGGCGUUUGUGUAUUCUUGAUUAAGCACAUUCCUCCAGGGUUCCUUUUGCCCAACUGGCCACGCUACUUUUCAACUUUCAAUUUGUACCUCAUGCACCCAGCAUCUACCGUCCGGCAAGCAACAAGUGCCGUCUUCAAAAUACUAGUUGCUAAGGACAGUAGUAGCCCUGUACUGUUAAAGCUGGUUCUUCAAGGCCUUGCCGCAGAGUGGGAAGUGGACGAAGAGCUACUCCUGCAGCACCUAGAUGCAGACCACACCCGCGACAGCCACUCUACCACACCUAGAGUCUCACCAGUCCAGGAGCGCUACAGAGGGGUGUCAUCAGCAGCUGCAUCUACACCCUCACCACCUCCCGACACUGCCCUGUCUUGCUCAGGGGACUCUACUAGCUUGACGCUGGAUAGAGGUGGCUCACCGUUAGUUGCUGAUGGUGGGGAAGGAGUCAACCAUGGAUGGAACAGCCACCGACGGCCUUCUUCCCAGCUCGGCUCAAGUAAACAUCAGAGGAUAAGUAUACGUGCUGUUAGCAAGUUGUUGACAGAUCAACCCUCCAUGCCGCCUGAAUUUGUGAUUUCUGGUGCAUGGGAAUGGAGGGAAGGACGCUUACUUGCCUACGAACUUAUUCUCAAGUUCCUAAUCGCCAACCACAUACACUACCUGUUCCCAACAUUUGCUCUGCCGAGGACGAACUCCCUCGCGUCUGCCUCAGUGGAUGAGAACCUAAUUGGAAGGUCCCUUACAGAUGCUCCAGCUCUCCCAUCACUCACUGAGUUUGAAAGUCUAACAGCAGACAUUAUGCACAAAUCUGAGUACUCCCCCCCUAGUCACCUUAAAAGUAACAGUUUUGGCAGCAUAGCCUACCCCAUCAAGGAUGGAUUCCCGGUCAGAGAGGCAUGGAUCAAGAGACCAAAAAGAGCUUCUUCAUUUAGUACAGAAAAUGAUCUGUCUGCAACUUCGACAAGGAAGCUUAUCAGGCAGUACUCAGUGUCCUGCCAGGGAGUGUUGCCACGGAGACCAUUCAGGCCCCCAAAAUCUCAAGGACUAGAACUGGCCAACUCUUUAUUGAGUCAAUCUAAAGCUGUUGAUAAGACAGAGAGAAGUCCACAAGCAAAGACACCAGCACCGGUAAAUGGGAUGGUCAGGUGCAUGCGUUCUCCUCUUGCAAAUAUCAGUAGUAUCAAUGGGGAAUGUGUAAACUUAGAUGAUGAUGUCUUCCACAAAUCAAGGCCUCAUUCCACAAAGCCGACUACUUCUCAAUUCCAUGGCACACCACAAUGGGCUGCAUCUCUAGAACUAGAAACCUUGGCAUCUAUACUUUUCCAGAUUCUCUGCCAAACAAUAGAAUCUCUUGCUGACUCAAGAUGGGAGCUACGGCGAAUGGGCCAACAGCUGUUACCACUCGUGACAGAGACGCUUCGGUGGUUCAACAUGACGCCUUUAUCAUAUUUGUGGGAUAAACACCUGACAAGAAACAACACGCUCAUCUGCUAUGGGGCAUGUAUUGCUCUUAAACACUCCAUCAGCCACGCUGGGAAACUGCUGCACUUUCUCAACCAGCCCCCAUCAACCUGGAAGGAUCCAGAGAGCUGUGGGCAAGCCGCUCUAAAUGUUGUCUGUGAGAUAAAGACGGGCCUUAGGAGAUGGACCAAGAAGGUAUAUGAUGUACUCGGACACACCGCAUAUGACAAGCUCACUGUUGUUGCCAUGGAGACCACCAUGCUUGCUCAUAUCUUUUUUUCGCCAAGUAAAGGAGACAAGAAACAGAAAUGUGAUGCGGAGGAGAGGGUGUUGAAUAUCAUUUUGAAUAUCUUUUCAUUUUCAUUUCCUGAACAACCUCUUGGGAGAACUAUCAAAGCUGCACUCAAGUCAGAACAGUCGUCAUUUUGUUCUCCCACAGACGGCUUUCUCAGCUGCUGCAGUAGACCACCAUCUUCUGAAAGGCAUGCCCAGCAGUUUGGGAAGUACUUGAUAUCAGAGAUAUCCUAUGCCCUGGCGAAGUUCCUGAAGACCUGUGAGGUCCACACUGUCAUUCUGGUGUUCCCUGUGCUGGUGCACUACAUAGGGGUAUUCCCUGAGGACUCCAAGAUAUGCCACUCCCUAGUAGACGGGUUGCAGUACAUCCUUCAACGUACAAAAGAGCUCAUGACUGCGGUAAAGGAGAGGAAGGAGCUUGAUCAACUUGUUAAGACGUACUUCAGCUUUGCACUGAGUGGAAUCAGUAGCAUCAUAUCAGUCAAGACUCUAGACCUACCCGUGGUCAGACAAGUCCUGGAUGUGUUUGUCAAGGUGUGCGAGUUUCUGCACUCACCGCACCUUGGUCAGAUUGUCACCGCAAUCAGCACAAGGCUAGACUAUGAGCCUGACUUGGUUGGUCUAAUGGGUGAGGAGCCCAGCAGCAGGACAGAGACUCCAGACUUGUACAUACUCAGUAACGACAUCCCCACUAGCCCUGUUGACGAGGCGCCAUUACCAGUAGACGAAGACGACGAUGAUGAGCAAGUGAAUGGCUUGCGUAUGCUCCCUGAGUCUGUAGCUUUAGACAGAUCUCACGAGAGUGGCAGAGGCACCCCACACCUCCCCGCUGGGGAUGAUGACGCAUCUGAUGGCUCAGAUUGGGACAGCUGGGAGGAUGAGGAUGAGGACCAUUCAGCCCUUGUCGCUGUAUUUGCUGAUUUCCUUCAAAAUUUACAAACACUUUACGACGCUGAAUCAAAACAAGGUCAGUCUUUGUUUAUGGACCAGUUAAGGUGCUGUGGAGGGGCGGAACGUAGAAUAAUCUCAAGUGUGAUGGAGUCGCACAAUUCUACGACCAGUGGAGUCUGCAAGUAGCUUCAAACAAGGACUCGAUAGCUCAUCGCGUGUCGAUGAUCGAUCGUGACGAUCACAUUGAGAGCUAGCUUAUGAUAGUCUAGUUUAUCAUACUGCAAUGUGAACCAAGCAUUGGUCGCAAUAGGCCAUUCCAGCUAUUACUACAACUCAUUACAAUAGACACCUACCUCAACCUCAGAAUGCAGCGCGCGCCUUCUUUCGCUUGCACCAAAUGUGGUAACUUUGUGAUCUCUUCUCAUAAUUUGUCUUCCUUUAUUCGUUGAAAAAAUGACAACAGCUGGUUGACAAGUCUCUUUAAAACCCAUUUUUAAAUCCACCCAAAACAUACGUUUUACGUUAAACACACUUCGCCUGGGUGGCAGCGAAAACUUUGAUGUCCUCGAUAGUCCGCCAGUAAAUGUCUUGCCAUGAUGGAUUUUGUCGAAAACCGAUGAGAUGCAGCCUAGUUCCAGGCGUUCUUACCUGGGUUUCUAACCGGGCUUCAUGUGGUUAGAUUUAUGACGUCACAGGAAGCUCGUUCCAGACCCUAAGCUGCCUCACUUUCUAUCUCCAAGGACAGGAAACCCGUUGAGAACGCCUAGAACUGUGCUGGUUGAGAUGCAUCGUUCACGUAGUUUCCUUGUACGCUCUGUCGUCGUUGCCAAGGCACCCAUUGUCGGGAUCGACGUUUUUAUAUUCAUCCCUUUGGAUGAGUUACAGCGCGAGAGAAGUGAAUGUUUUCAACGCGUUUUGCGUCACUGUAUGUAACUAUUGUAUCUUGUUAUUUAUACUUGACAUUGUUGCCAAGUCUGGUUUACCCUAAUAAACUGAUUACAACAUCA